AUGUCGAGCCAGCCGCUUCUCCAAACCGCGCCAGGCAAGCGCAUAGCGCUCCCAACGCGCGUCGAGCCCAAGGUGUUCUUCGCCAACGAGCGCACGUUCCUGUCAUGGCUCAACUUCACGGUGAUCCUGGGCGCGCUGGCGAUCGGCAUGCUCAACUUCGGCGACCGCCCGGCCUUCAUCUCGGCCUUCCUGUUCACGGGCGUCGCCAUGCUGACCAUGGUCUACGCUCUGUGCACCUACCACUGGCGCGCGCGCUCCAUCCGCCUGCGCGGGCAGACCGGCUUCGACGACCGCUUUGGGCCUACCAUAUUGGCUAUUAUAUUGUUGUGCGCUGUUGUGGUUAAUUUUGUCUUGCGGCUGACGUAUGCGGGCACCGAGGGCGGGCGGAAGCACUAG